GCGUUGUCUUUUACCGCGCGCAAGUGUUGCCGUGUCCUGUCAGCAAGAGCCUUGAGCCUGUAAACCACGCUUAAGCUAUGAAAGCCACGUAUUUAUUCCUUGAAAUAAACAAUUAAAAUUAUGCAAAACAACACUGUAGAAGUUUUUUAUCUGUUCUUUCAAUAUCAUAACUUAUCAAUCUGUUAUGAUAAAUCUUGACAAUCGUCUCAUUAUUACCGGCGAACGUUGUCGACAGUUGACAAACAUCAAAAUUGAUCACGAUGUGAUGGAAGUAGUUAUAAUUAAUCAGUGAUGAUGAUAAAAGACAGAUUAGAAGCGUAUAGACGCAAGAAACAAAAAGAGAAGAUGAUGAAGUCCAUAAAGAGCGUUGUAAGAAAUAUUUUUUCGUGGAACCGCAAUGAUGGAAUCAAGAAAUCUGUCGAAGAAUCAACGAAAGAAGAAGAGGUUAAAUUGUGUGAACAAUCACAGAAUGAUAUCGAGGACGUGGAAAAUGCUUCGUCUGAGGAUAACGUACAGGAAUCGAAAAGUACACUUAUGACUAAACUAAUUUAUUUAUUAUAUUUCUUGCUAUGGGCAAUAUUGUAUGUGAUCGCAGUGGAGUAUGAAUUUGGUGCUGUUUAUUUUGUACUGUCGGCUUUGGUCUUUAUCUGCUUGAAUACUAGGUCUGGACCAAAGCAACGAGAUGAACCCAGUGCCUAUUCUGUUUUUAAUCCUAAUUGCGAAGCUAUAGAAGGAACACUCGAUGCGUCACAAUUUGAGAGAGAAAUACGAUAUGGAGGUAUACGAUAAGUUAAGGUAAAUCAAUAAAAUUUGAAUCUAUAUUUUGUAUUAAAUUGUUAUUUCGUGUAUUUUAAUAUAUAUCUUAUUAUAGUUGAACCCAAAUUAUGGGAUAAAUUCAGUUUAAAAUACAUAAUGUACAUUCCAAGUUAUAUAGUUUUAUAGUUUGAAAUAGCAAAUGCAAAAUUUUAUAACUUUAAAAAAUAUUAAGCGUGAUACAUAAAGCAUAUAAGAUAUUUAUAUUAUAU